GACGAUAGAAAGAUUUACGUCGGUCAUCUACCAAACAACGCCACGGCGGACGCAUUGGCCGAUGCGUUCAAGUCCAUCGGUGGCGUGCAAGACGUCGCGUGUAUUCCCGACGCAGCGCUCGGGUAUUCCUGCAAAGGUUUCGCUUUCAUCACUUUCGCAACAGUGGAGCAAGCAAAAUCGGCGGCGACGUCCAUGAAUGGCGCUCUAUUCGGCGAUCGGCCGAUGGAAGUGCGCCUGAAGACGGCGCCGCGCGAAGAGCCUAGACGGGAUAGUGGAUCGUUUGAUCCCGACGCGAACCUUUACGUCGGCGGCAUGACUGAGAGCAUGACGGAAGAGAGCUUGCGCGAAAUCUUCGCGCCUUACGGCUUGGUGCAGAAGACGAAACUCAUCCGCGAUCACGCGACGCAAGUGCCCAAAGGCUACGGGUUUGUGCAGAUGAUGGAUGUAUCGCACGCGCACGCAGCGAUCGCGGCACUCGACGGC